GUGAAGAUAUUCAGAAAGAAAAGCAGUGCACGUCAUUACAAUAGAGGGAAGAAAAGGAGAUCAAUAAAGAGUUAAAUCUCUACCAAAUUAAGAAGAAGAAAAGCAACAAUGGCAUUUGAAAGAUCAUGCUUCUUCUUGUUUUUCUUCUUCCUUGCUGAUGGCUUGGCCUCCUCUUCCCCAUCCUACAUCUCAUAUGACGCGCUUAAUGUUCACAUGCGCCGUGGCCUUCUUGAAAGGUUUAUGGUGAAGAAUGAUUGUCCCAUUGAUUUCGAGAAGGAAGACUUCUCCGUCCUUACAAACCAAUGCAAAGGACCUAAUUACAACCCAGUGACAUGUUGCAAUGGGAUUAAGCAAAUAGCCUGCAGAUACGCAGAAGAAAUAAAUGACGAGAACAAUAGGUGUGCGCAGGGCAUGAAUUACUUCAUUAAUAAAAAAGGAGGCUACCCAAUGGGUCUCUUUAGUAAUAUGUGCAGAGACGAUAGAGAGGGUUUGAACUGUGCCACCACUACUGGUCCAGCUAUAAACAAACUAAGGGGCACUUUUGCUGCAAAACCAAGAGGCUGAUAUUAAAUUAGGGAUGACAAAAUUGCUUGGAUUAAUUAAUUAAAAUAAAAGAGUCUUGUAGGUACAUUAUGAUGUUGGUUAGUAAUAACCUCUGUCAUUCAUUUAAAUCAGUCAUUCAUUUAAAUCAUAACAUGGUGUGUACAGUUGAAAAUUUAGUAUUGCAUUUUGUGAUACGAAUUUUACACUGAUGAUGACUAUUUUUCGGAUGUUCCGUGAGACUAGUAUGAAUAAGAUAAUACAUUUUCUUUCAAUUAA